AUGGUUCCAAACAGAAGUACCAGGAGAUUGUCCUUGGACAUGUUCCAGAAGCCUGGAGUCUCACCAGAUAGGGGUGUAUUCAAGUACAUGGACUUAAGGUUUCCAUCUCAAACUGCUGCCUCCAACGACGUAAACGAGGUCGAAUGCGAGUGUUGUGGCCUCUCUGAGGACUGCACGGGGGCCUAUAUUCGUUGCACAAGGGCUCGUUUCUACGGGAAAUGGGUUUGCGGCCUCUGCUCAGAAGCCGUGCAUGAAGAGUCGUACAAGCUCGGAGGCACACGUAAUAUCGUGCAGGAAGAAGCUCUCGACGCUCACAUGAACGUCUGCAGAGCGUUUAAUAGGACCAUCAGAGUGAAUCCCGCCAUGUCUCUUGCGUACGCCAUGAGACGAAUCCUGAGGACAAGCUCCCACAAGAAGGCAUGA